GUAAUAGUAGGCGGAGAUUUUACAAGCCACUCAAAUCGUCAAAUGUUCCUAGCUAGCUAAACUGCCUGAAAGUUACAACAUGGUUGUGGUGUCAAAACAGUCAAGAAACGGAACGUUGGAAAAUAAAAAAGGAAGCACAGGGUAACCCAGCUUGGACGAGAGGAGGUUGUAUUGUUUAUUACUCCUAAAAGUCGUGGCAGUGAGGCGUAGCCAUGGACACCAGCACCUCUCUGGCCAUCCAGAGCCUGUUCAGCUACGUGGAGGAGGACAACGUGCCGGCCAUCAAAGCCCACCUGGACAAGUUCAAGGAGGUGGACAGCAGGAGCGAGAAUGGUCAGACUCCCCUGAUGGUGGCAUCAGAGCAGGGCAGCCUAGAGAUGGUCCAGGAGCUCCUCAGGAGGGGAGCCAAUGUCAACCUGGAUGAUGUGGACUGCUGGACGGCGCUGAUCUCGGCGGCUAAGGAGGGCCAUGUGGAGGUGGUGAAGGAGCUGCUGGCCAACAAUGCCAGCCUGGAGCACCGGGACAUGGGGGGAUGGAGCGCCCUCAUGUGGGCUUCCUAUAAGGGUCGUGUGGAGGUGGCCCAGUUGCUGCUGGAGAAAGGAGCUAGUCCCAACAUCACUGGCCAGUACAGUGUGUUCCCUGUCAUCUGGGCAGCCGGACGAGGCCAUGCUGAGAUCGUCCAUCUCCUCAUUAAGCAUGGCGCUAAAGUCAACUGCUCUGACAAGUAUGGCACUACCCCGUUGAUCUGGGCAGCCAGGAAAGGCCACUUUGACAGUGUGAUGCACCUGCUGGUCAAUGGGGCUGAUGUAGACCAGGAGGGAGCGAAUUCCAUGACAGCUCUAAUCGUGGCGGUGCGGGGUGGUUUCAAUGAGGUGGUGAAGGAGCUUCUGAAGAGGAACCCCAAUGUCAACAUGACAGACAAGGACGGCAACACAGCCCUGAUGAUCGCUGCCAAGGAGGGCUAUACUGAGAUAGUGCAGGACCUGCUGGAUGCUGGCACCUACGUCAACAUACCAGACAGGAGUGGGGAGACGGUGCUGAUUGGAGCAGUGCGAGGAGGACACGUGGAGAUCGUCAGAGCCCUUCUGAACAAAUAUGCCGACAUUGACGUCAGGGGACAGGACAGUAAGACUGCUCUUUACUGGGCGGUAGAGAAAGGGAAUGCCACCAUGGUGACAGACAUCCUCCAGUGCAACCCGGACACUGAGAGUUGCACCAAGGAUUCAGAGACCCCUCUGAUCAAAGCCACCAAGAUGAGGAACAUUGAGAUAGUAGAGCUGCUCCUGCACAGAGGGGCCAAGGUGGCAGCUGUCGACAAGAAAGGAGACACAGCCCUUCACAUUGCCAUCAGAGGGCGGAGCCGCAAGCUGGCUGAGCUCCUCCUGAGGAAUCCUAAAGAUGGCCGCCUGCUCUACCGCCCCAACAAGGCCGGCGAGACGCCUUACAACAUUGACUGCACCCACCAGAAAAGCAUCCUCACCCAGAUAUUUGGAGCCAAGCACCUGUCUCCUUCUGAGUCUGAUGGUGACAUGCUGGGGUAUGAUCUGUACAGCAGUGCCCUAGCAGACAUUCUCAGUGAGCCCACCAUGCAGCCUCCUAUCUGUGUGGGCCUGUACGCCCAGUGGGGUAGCGGCAAGUCCUUCCUGCUCAAGAAACUGGAGGAUGAGAUGAAGAAUUUUGCGGGCCAGCAGAUUGAACCUCUGUUCCAGUUCUCCUGGCUGGUGGUGUUCCUCACGCUGCUGCUGUGUGGCUCUGUAGCUCUGGUCCUGGGCUUCACAGUCACCCACCGCCUGGCCAUCGCCGUCUCCCUCAGCCUCCUCGCCCUGCUCUAUGUCUUCUUUGUGUUGGUGUACUAUGGGGGUCAUCGUGAGGGGGAGAACUGGAACUGGGCGUGGGUCCUCAGUACCCGUCUGGCCCGUCAGGUGGGCUACCUGGAGCUGCUUCUUAAACUCAUGUUCGUCAACCCCCCCGAGCUGCCUGAGCAGACCACCCGCGCCCUGCCUGUCAGGUUCCUGUUCACAGACUACAACCGUCUGUCCAGUGUGGGAGGAGAGACGUCUAUGGCAGAGAUGAUAGCCACUCUGUCUGACGCCUGUGAGAGGGAGUUUGGCUUCAUGGCCACCCGCCUCUUCAGAGUGUUCAAGAACGAGGAGAACCAAGGUAAGAAGUGGAAGAAGACGUGCUGCGUGCCCAGCUUCAUGCUGUUUGUCGUGACUCUGGGCUGCCUGAUCACCGCCAUGGCACUGCUGGCCAUCUUCAAGGUGCAGCAUGACAACCUGACGGUGAACGCGGUGCUGAUCGCCAUGGCCAGUGUGGUGGGCCUGGCCCUCCUGUUGAACUGCAGGACCUGGUGGCAGGUAGCCGACUCCGUCCUCAACUCUCAGAGGAAGAGGCUGCACAGUGCUGCCAACAAGAUGCACAAGCUGAAGAGCGAGGGCUUCAUGAAGGUGUUGAAGCAGGAGGUGGAGCUGAUGUCAAAGAUGGCCAAGACCAUCGACGGUUUCACCCAGAACCAGACCCGCAUGACGGUCAUCAUCGACGGCCUAGACGCUUGCGAGCAGGACAAAGUGCUGCAGAUGCUCGACACGGUGAGGGUGCUGUUUUCCAAAGGCCCCUUCAUCUCUAUUUUCGCCAGUGACCCCCACAUCAUCAUCAAGGCCAUCAACCAGAACCUGAACAGCGUGCUCAGGGACUCCAACAUCAACGGCCACGACUACAUGAGGAACAUCGUCCACCUGCCUGUCUUUCUCAACAGCCGAGGCCUUAGCACCACCAGGAAGCUGUGCAUGGCCGACCCCACUCCCAACGGAGACCUGGUCAACCCUGAGGGAUGGCAUGAGGAGAUGGACAGGAAGCUGUCCUCGAACAGUCUGGGGGAUCAGGCCAAGUUUGGCAGCAAGACGGCCCUCAACCGCAGAGACACAUACCGCAGGAGGCAGAUUCAGAGGACCGUCACCAGACAGAUGUCCUUUGACCUGACCAAGCUGCUGGUCACUGAGGACUGGUUCAGUGACAUCAGCCCCCAGACCAUGAGGAGGCUGCUCAACAUCGUCUCUGUCACAGGUCGUCUGCUGAGGGCCAAUCAUAUCAUCUUUAACUGGGACCGUCUGGCGUCAUGGAUCAACAUGACGGAGGAGUGGCCCUACAGAACCUCCUGGCUCAUCCUCUUCCUGGAGGAGACUGACGGCAUCUCAGACCAGGUCACCCUGAAGACCAUCUACGAGAGAAUCUCCAAAAACAUCCCCACCACCAAAGACGUGGAGCCCCUGUUGGAGAUCGACGGGGACAUCCGCAGCUUCGAAGUGUUCCUGUCCUCGCGGACACCCGUUCUCACAGCGCGCGACGUGGAGAUGUUCCUUCCCUGCACCGUCAACCUGGACCCCAAACUCCGCGAGAUCAUUGCAGAUGUCCGUGCUGCCAGGGAGCAGAUGCACAUUGGAGGAGUGGCCUAUCCCACGCUGCCCCUGCAGGACGUCCCAGCCCGCACCCCCUCCUCUUUCGGCCAGCACUCGGCCGCCUGCUCCCCCACAGGCUCCUACGUUGGUUCCCUGCCCCCCCCAGGGCUUGUGCCCCCCCAGCCCCACAGCAGUUACUACAGCAUGCCUGCCCCCCAGCACCCCUUCUACACUCGGCCCUAUUUUCCCAAUCAUGUGUAUCACCUUCCCCGGCAUCAAUACAGCUCCCAUCUUCACCCUGCCCCGACCCAGUCACGCCCCUCCUUCAAAGCAGGCUACCCAAGGGACCCCAAUGGGCUUGAUGUAAUUGCUGAGGAUCCCAGAGAGGGCCUCCCCUCCCCCACUACCACUGACCCCCCUAUGGGUUCUGCCUCUGGGCUACCGGGAACCCCUGUGGUGCUCCUCAGCUCUCUGAACACGGACGCCGUGUGUGAGCGCGUCAAACAGAUCGCCGGCAUGGACUCUAGCAUGCUGGGCCAAUAUACCGGCACUAUCAAGAAGGCCAAUGUGAAUGGAAGGGUGCUGUCUCAGUGCAACCUGGAAGAGCUGAAGAAUGAGAUGAACAUGAACUUUGGGGACUGGCAGCUCUUCAGAGGCAUGGUGAUGGAGCAGCGUAACGUGGAGGGCCAGCGUCACAGGGAGGGCCAGGCCCUGCAGGAUGAAUCCCGUGCGGCCAGCGAGCAGGGCAGCAGCGUGGUCAACAUGGAGACGGACAGGCAGCAGAGCCAGGGAGCUCCCCGUGAGGUGGGCGGCUACGUCUUGAACCUCAGCUUCGAGGAGCUCAGUAACGUGGGCCUGAGCCUGGAGGAACCCACCCAGACACGCAGAGAGACUACACGGCACUGGCCCAUGGCGGCCACCCACCAUACCCCGAGUAUGUCCAGCCUCAACUCCCAGGAGUCAUCCAACGACAUCUGCAAGCUUACGGACAAGCAGCAGGCAGAGUACCGCGAUGCCUACCGUGAGUACAUCGCCCAGAUGACCCAGCUGGAUGUGGCUGGAGGCGGGGGAGAGAAGUCUGUCCAGCCCCACCUGGGCCAGUUCCUCCAAUACCGAGAUGCCAGAAACCCAGAGGAGAAAGCCAAAGACGGGUCCGAGAAGGAUGGCCGUAAGCCCUCUUUCCCUACCAAGAGAGGUGCUAAAGCCACGGACGUGGUUGACACUGAUACGCCCCUGGACCCCAUCAGCGAAGAGGAUGAGAAGCUUGACGCCUCCAAAGCAGGCAGUUCCAAGGUAAAGGGACCAGGGCCUCGCUACCACAAGGUGCCCAGCAACGAGGAGGAGGGGUCCGGGCCGGAGGAAUCAGAAAACACCCCUCUGCUCAACGAAGGGGGUGCCCAAGCGCCCAGCAACAUCGCCCUAAACAAGAAGGACUCGUCCGACUCGGGUGUGAGGUCUGGCGAGAGCUCCUCAGACCACUCCCUGGAAGAAGUGUUAGUGGAAGCAGAAGAGGAAGGGGUUAAUAAACUGGAACUGGAGGGUCUGGUCAAGAAGAGGGGCCUGCUGCCCAGCAGUCUGAGCGGCCUUCAGGAUUCCACCAUCACCCGCAUGUCCAUCUGCUCUGAGGCCCCGUCCGAGGGCAGCCUAAUGGCCUCCAGUCCCGACGAAACCUGGUUCCGCUCCAGCUCCUCCGUGAGCAACCUCAACCGCACCCCUAGCACCACCACGCUCAACAACAACAGAAACAGCAGCAACAAUGCUGCCACCACCAACACUAGCCAAGACAACCAAGACACAGAGAGCUCCACCCCAGUCCUCAUCACCCCAGGCUCCAGCACCGGCUCUACCUCCACCACGAGGCCCGUCCACAACCAGAACCUGUGUGGGAUCAUCCAUAAGAGGGCGCUGGGCACCGGCAAGGCCCUCAAAGGCUGCACAGGGGCCCCUGACGCUAUCGUCUUGGAGGACGAGAGAGAGAGUGUCCUGUGAGAGGGGCCCUGGCCUUUUUGGAGGAGGUACCAUAGAUGUUUGAUGUUGUGAUGUGCUACAAAAAAUAAAUGCCUUUUACCAGUCUUGUGUUACAUUGAUAUGGAUGGCAAUCAAAACAGGACUAUUAAUCUGUGACUUCAUUUAAAAAAUAUUUCAGAGAAGAAGUUGAUAUGCGGAUCAAUCAAUUUACAUGAAGAGAAUCACCUUUUUUUCCAACCAUAGAAAUAUUUAAUAAUUUGGGUUGAAGAAAUUCAAUGUCCUGAAUAGAUUUUGUGAAAUCAUUUGAAAGUUAAUGACGAUGACAUGGAAUAUACGUCAAAUUUAAAUGGCCCUCUAAUUCAAUUAAGUGUGCUGUCAUGUUCACUUUACCUGUUACUAAAGAAUAGUAGUGAAUUGUUAAAGAAUGGUAGUGAAUUGUUAAAGAAUGGUAGUGAAUUGUUAAAGAAUGGUAGUGAAUUGUUAAAGAAUGGUAGUGAAUUGUUAAAUAAUGGUAGUGAAUUGUUGGAUAAUGGUAGUGAAUUGUUAAAGAAUGGUAGUGAAUUGUUAAAGAAUGGUAGUGAAUUGUUAAAGAAUGGUAGUGAAUUGUUAAAGAAUGGUAGUGAAUUGUUAAAUAAUGGUAGUGAAUUGUUAAAUAAUGGUAGUGAAUUGUUAAAUAAUGGUAGUGAAUUGUUAAAUAAUGGUAGUGAAUUGUUAAAGAAUGGUAGUGAAUUGUUGGAUAAUGGUAGUGUAUUAUGGAGUUCUGUGUAUGUCGGUAUUAAUGUUGUGUUGUGGUGGGGACAUUACAGUACAGUGGUGUGUGUUGGUGCAAUGUGUUCUGUACUUUGUGAUUGGUUACUGAAUUCUGAAUUGGCUUUAUGUGCUUGAAAACAAAAUAAGUUUUCCUAAUUUCUAGUUAUCAAGUACCUAUUAAAACAUGUAAUUUUCAGAGUUAAUUUAUGUAGCGUGGCUGUGGAUUGGCGUUCCGACACCUUUUUUUCCAUGUGACUGAAAGGUCUAUUUGACCAAAAAUAUACUGAUAUUUUGUGCUGUAAUUUAAAAAAUAUUUGAAAUCUUUAGUGUGAACAGUGAUGUGGUAAACCUGAGUUUCCCAUGCACUACGGAUGUCCAUCCGAGGUUCUGAACCAUUCGAGUGCAAUGUGAAGCCAUGUAUUUGUGAAAUAAUAAACAUACUUUUCCUUUGA